AGAAGUAUGAUGCAGUCGACGACAGAUGAUUGCUUAAAUAUCGCCGAGUUGGCCAACCAGCUGACUCGAGAGAAGAUAUUUAUAAGUUCAGAAAGGCAGUUGCUGCAAAACCUUAACGAGGAAGUGGAGAAGAGUGCCUUAGAAUUGCUACAGGCUGCCUGGAUAUGCUCUCAACAACGACAGAAUCUCACGGACCUGAUAAACUCUCGGUGCGAGGCUGACUCGGUCGCGGCCUGCCAGAGAGUCAGCUCACUCGAAGGUACAACCUUCGUAGACAUAUACAAAGUACUAAAAUACAAGGAAGCCUUAGCCCUCGGCGAACUGCUAGGAUGGCUGCGCGACUCCCCCCACCUCGUCUCCCUCUGCCUUCUCCUGGGGGAAGAACACAUGCCCCCCACUCUACCGUGCGCGCUGGUGGCCGGGUUGUACGGCAGCUGCCGUCUUCCGGCCGACCGGACGCGGCUGCUGGCCGUGAUACGGUCGCUGCUGAAACACCAGCUGGCCACGUCUGGCGAUCCUCGGAAAUUGUUCCGCUCCGGCAAAUGCGCGCUGGCGUCGUUAUACGGCGUGUUCCGAGACGGGCACGCGCCGGCGCGGCAGUUCCUGGUGGCGGCGCUCAACGCGCCCGUCAUGGCGGCGCUGCACGAGGACGAGUUCUUUCUGGACAUCCACCCCGACCGCGCCAUGGAGCGAUUCUCACCCCAAGAUCGCGUAAAGAAAUUCGGCCAGUCCAACACAGCGGAAUACAACGCUAAAGUAGCGCGCUAUCGCAAAUGGAUCGUGCAGCGUCUGUUUCAACUUACCAACAAAUUCAUUACGUCGUUGCGGGAACAUUGGGCUAACUUCCCUGCAUCUAUAGCGUGGCUGAUACAGCAGAGCGUCCAUCUCAUCAAACAACACUCGCGAAUACCAGAGAGCGAGCUGCACGGCGUAUGCACGGAUCUCGUGCUCAACCACUUCAUCUGCCCCGCGAUCCUGAAUCCCGAGGCGCACGGCGUGGUCGAUGCGCCCGUGUCGUACAUAGCGCGCACUAAUCUCAUGCAGAUCGCGCAAAUUCUGCAGGUUCUGUGCCUCAGCAAGCACAAUGAGGUGGACUCUAAACUGACGGACCUGUACUCGCUGUUCCCCCGCUCGUGCGUGUGGGCGCUGGUGGACGGCGUGUGCGGGGACGCGCUGGCGCCCCGCGCGCCCGCGCCCCCCGCCGACGCGGCCGCCCCCCGCACCGACGCGCCGUGCGCGCCCGCCACCGCGCUCUACUCGCACCAGGACCUGCAUCACCUUAUAACAUUCCUGAAGCGAAUAUCCUCAAAGCUGAACAACAAUACGCCGAGCGUGACGUCAGAGGAGAUGUCCAGCGGCUCGGGGCCCGCCGACGCUACUGCUUAUAGCAGUGAAUCUGGCAGCGACACAUCCACCUCAGACGCCUGCGCGUCCAGCCUGGCAGCCCUCCUCCAGACCAUGGAGCCCAACUACCGCAGCAGGCUGCACGACCUGCUCAGGAAGAUGCCGGACUUGAGCAAGCCGAGACAAUCUCCGCCUCAACCCGCAGACGCGGCAGAGACGCAAAAGAAGAGUAUUCUGGCGAAAGUGCCUAAACCUCGGUUGCCUCGCAGCGGCAGUUCGAACACGUCACUCGCGACCGACACCCCGGAACCCGAACCCGAGGUGUACGUCAUACAGAUGGCUCGUCAGGAUGAGAGCGACUACGUCGGUCUGGUGCCCGAGUCGAAGGUGCUUGAGUGUUACUGCGGGGGCUCGGAGGGCGACGCGGAGGACGCGGGCUCCGCGCUGGCGGCCGCUCCAGGCGCCCCCGUGCAGAAACGGACGAGAUUUUCAGUGUCUCACGAUGAGGUGUCGUUAGGCAACACGUCGGAUAACUUGGAAGCAGUGUCGGAGGCAGCCUCCAACCACAGCGUGACUUCCAGCUUGGAGCUGGAGACGGAAGACCAGAACGAUAAUCUGUCCGAUAUGGUAUCGGCCAACGUUAGCGGCCGCGGCAGCCCCAACAUCUCUGGUCGUGAGACGCCAUCUUCCCAAGUCACAGACGGAGACGCGGCGGGCGAGCCGGCUAGACGGUUGCCGCAAAACGUGCCCGUCAGCCAGGCGAACAGCGCGCAGGCCAAGCUGCUCAAGCAAACCAGGAACGAUAUAGAGGACAAGUUCUGCAAAUUCGAGAUCAAGAAACUCCUGGAAGGCGACGAAACUGUCAGCAUUAUGUCUGACACGUGGAGCACUGACGUGCUUGCUUCUGACUCGGAGACCAUCGGCGACACCUGCGACCACACGCUGGUCGCCGUUAAUCAAAACGUAGUGGCGAACACGAAUGCGCCGGACGUGUCCGAAACGGCGAGCGAGUCCGCGUGGUCUAUGGACGUUCUCGCGUCGGACAGCGAUCGAAACACAGAGGUGGACACGGACGACUGCGUGUCGGUCGCGGCACGUUCAGACACGUCUUGGCCGCGGAGGCUUUCGCAGCAGGAGGAACAGGUGGCGAUCAAACAAAAUCAGCAGAACGGCGCGUACAAAAAAGCAGAAGUGAGCAACAGUCCGAAGCAUACGCCGCGUCCCUACCAACCGAACAGGUCCGGCAGCGGAUACCUAAGCGCCACAGCGCAACUAUCGCGCGGCGCGGAGCUGGACCUAGUUUCCACCGCCGCACCCAUGUACCCAGAGAACAGGAAAAGCAUACUCGUCAAUGGAUAUCCCGUGAUGACUUGCUACGCGACGUCGGCGCCCGAGAGCCCCGGGGCCGCCGCGCCGGCGCCCCUGCCCAACUUAUUCGACUACAAUCCGCAGAACGGCGAAUCCAGCCAAUCAGAGUCCACGCUGGAAGGCGCGGCCAACAGCCAGUCAGACGCGACCAGCCAAUGGGUGGACGACUCGUUCCCCCCUCCCCACCACUCGUCCAAGCGGCCAUUCCCCCUCUGCAAGUACGACAUGCCCAGCACGUCCAAGACUUACGAUGAAAACGAUAUUAUGGACAGAUCUCUAAACUCCAGCGAGAGCUCUUUCAACGCUCUCUCCGUCUCCCAAUACGACCGCCGCUUCGACUCUGGCAUCGACACGGAACGCAACGAGGACCGUUCGGCCAUCACCGACCUUAUGACCAGGAUGUCGUCCGCCACCAUAUCCACCUCUGCGAACCUGGUCAACAAUGUGUCUAGGAUUGUGAAAUCGGAGAUACGGACCAGUAUAGUCAGCAUAUCGUCUUCCAGGAUCGAAAAGAAGCGCGAUACAUCGAACAUGUCCCUAAGCACGCUGUCAGUCAACAGCGAAACGUCAGUGUCCGACCGCAGUUCGAGCCAAGACGUCAACUCCGAGAACGUGACGGAGCGGCGAGUCAGCCCCCCGGCCGUCAAACCCGCGUCCACCGGAGCCAUACCUAAAAGUAUCAGCUUCGAUGCUACCGCUGAAAAGAGUCAAAGACGGCGCAUAACCGAAGACAGUCUCGUGGGAAACCUGGACGAGUUGAAAAACAACGUGAAACGCUCUGGCGGCAACCUGCUGCACAAGAUCAAGAUGUUCAGCCGGCCCAAGGGCCGCUCGCACCAGCACCCGAACGACAUAAAACUAGCCGAAGAAGAAGCGCUCCGCGAGGACGCUCCGCGCGCCGAGCCCGCCGAGAGCUCCGACGACAUCCUCGCCAAGUACCGGCGCAAGAGCUCCGGGGACUCGCGGCGACGGGGACAGCGGCGCGUGUCCGACGUGCCCGACAUCGCGGACAGAUGCGAAGGAGUACUGGACCUCAACGACCCCGAGGUGUUUAACAGCAUGAAGAAGAAACUGCGACUCGUGCUCUCCAACCCUGAACUGUUGUGUACAGAAUACGUGCCCAAUCGCUGCACAAGCACAUCCCUAGUGGAGUGGAUGCGAGCCGCCGCCGCGGCCGCCUCCGAAACCGGCGCGUCCGCUCAAGCGGCAGAAGUGGCUCGAGCCUUAGCGGCGUCGGGCGCUCGCUGCGAGCGACUAGCGGCAGCUUUGCGGGCAGAUCUAGAUGCAAGACGGCCGUAUGCCAAGUACUUGGCUAGCUGCCGGGCUGCGUUGACGCAUACGCUUCACGCUCUCAGACGACAAACCAACCAAGUCCGCGCAGAAUGUUCGGCGUGCGCGCGCGCCGCCGCGGCCGCGCGGGUGCUGCAGCAGCUGGAGCGCGGCAACUCGCUGCGGCGGCUGGCGCGCCACCACUCCGCUCACAACAACCACGCCACCGUCAAUGGAGGAGAGCUGAUGGACGAGAAGGCGAAAAGAUUGAUGGCGAAUAUUAAAACCCUCAUCGCCGAAGUCAAGGCGGAUCCCUCAUGGGAAGGAGCGCCGGCAACAUCAAUAGAAGUGCUGGAGUUGACCGUCGAGCGCGCCGCGUUCGCACGUCUCUACCUGAACGUGCUCUUUCCUAUCGGCGAGGGCGAUUACGGCCGCGACCAAGUGGUGUCGGAGCACAUACGUCGGCUCGGCGCGGGCAUGACGGCGUCGCGGGCGGGCGUGAGCGCGCGCCACCUGUGGGCGGCGCCGUACGCGCGCGCGCAACUGCUGCUCACACAACUGCCCGUCUACCGGACCCCGAGGGACAAGCUGCAAUGCGUCAUGCGGUGCGUCACAUGCGUCAUGGCAGUGCUCGGGCUCACCGAGGGCUCAGCGCCGUCCGCUGACGACCUCACGCCUGUCCUCGUGUUCAUUAUACUCAAGGUCAACCCCCCCUCCCUUCUCUCGACGAUCGAUUUCGUCAACACGCUGGGCGGCGCGGCGCUACAGGGCCCUGCACUCUACUGGUGGACGCACUUCUGUUCCGCCGUCGCGUACAUCAAGACCAUGGAGUACGGGGACUCCUAGCCCGCUGUGCGGCCCCAGAAUGGGCGUGGGAAGAAGUCAGAAAAGCAGUGGUAUUCCGUGUUUCGUAAAAAAAGACAUCACACUAUAUGAUUUUUAUAGCAACGUUUGGUUACUCGCAAUAGUGACACAAUUUAUGUACUCUGGCCACAUACGACGGUCGAAUGCAUGUGCAAAUGACGGUUUUGUAUCAAGUUAUAUAUUUUGAAUUUUAGUUACAAGAUCAUGAGAUGCUUCAGCAUAUACGGGCGUGUGCACACCGGAUGCGUUUGCGUAGACGCGCGCGCGCGUUGUAAUAUACAGAUCCUAUGAGAGACGGCACACCGUCUGCGCACACGUAUUUAGCCGAUGUGCUCUGGCCUUAGCACGUUAGGUCACCACACAUUGGCGGCCCCAUACUACAGAUUAGAGACGGGUAGUUGUUUAGCCGGAUACCGGAUGAAGAAUAGAAUAGAAUAAAACUUCAUUUUAUAUAAUUUAAGUUACAGAAUUAUGUUCGGCCUGACCAUCGACCGAAUAUUCGGUACGCGACCGCCGAAUAUUCGGCCGGUGGAACUAUACAUACAUUUUGGUUUUUCAUCCGCAUUGUGCAGGUUUAAAAGGUCUAAAAAUUUAAUAAUGCCUGUGUGGUGAACCCUUUAGGCGUAAAUUAUUUAAAAAAAGCACUACAUCAUACACAUCACAAGUACAUCCGUUGGAGCUAGCGUAAGUAGACCAGAGUACUAUUGUGUACCAUUUUAGUGCACUCAAGUGUAAUGAAAUAAGAAGUGAUGAUUCGGUAACUGGGACGACAGCUGCAUUUAACCGAUUUUUAACUAUAAAUGGUUUUGCUUAUGUUUGAUGACUAAUUAAUGUAAGUGUAACCAAUAUUUUAUUAUGUUAUUAUGUUUUGUGAAUUAAUAUGAAAUCAUUAUUUAUGUUAUGCCUAAAUCAAUAAACACCAUUUUAAAAAAGUAUAUGUGUGUAAUCUUUACGCGCGAUUCAAGUAAAACUUGCUACUACGCUAUGUUGGCACUUUGAAGUGUUUCCCAUUGUGCGUGUGUCACUACUGAGCAUUACUUCCGUCAGAAAAAAACUGAGUUACCCUCUAGUCGCGCCUAAAGAAGUUUUAGAAUGUAAAUUAAAUUGAUAGGUAAAAACCAAUAAAUCAAAGAAUUAUUUUACUGUUAUAAAUCAAAUCUAUUUAAUUUCGUGCCAGUUUCCAUGUCGUCACAUGAGAGCGGUCAAGAGCGAGAGAGGCGUACUCUCAUAACGGCACUCCCUCCCUCUCGCACUCUAGUAUUAAAACACCAUGUUGAACACGAAAUAAUAUGCUACGACUAAAAAGUUACAUUUUAUUUAACAAAUAUACCAUGGAGACUAUAUAAAGGAGCCGAAUCUCUAUGUAUGAAAAGUGUCCAUCAAAAAACAGUAAUUAGGCGGCGCCACCAUACACCGAAAUACUACCAAAAACAACCUACGUAAUUUGCUCGGGUUAUUUGUUGCCUUAUAUGGUUCAUGUUAUACUCAUGUCCCAGAGCCUAACUAGCGCCACCGGAGAGAUUAGGAACUAUUAUUUAAAGCUGACAGCGGUCACUUUUGCAACAAUUCUGCCAUAAGAGAUUGGCAUCCUUUCUAUACCAUCCAUAAAAUAUACGAAUAAUAAAAAUAUAAAAUGGCGGGCCGCCUUUGGCGACGAUAAAUAGUAAUAUAAUCAUCAAAUACCUAAACUCGAUAUACCUAAACCACGGAAUUCCUAAAAUCGAUAUACCUAAUGCAUGUAAUACCGAAAGUUCGAUAUACCUAAUGGACGAGAUCCUUAACUUUAUUUACGUAUUAAACGAAAUACCUAAAACUAAACGUUAACGACCAAUUGUGGUUUCAGUUAUGUUACUUAGAUACCUUCGUUCAUUAG